AUGUCAGCCGACGUGCGAGCGGUCGAGGGCGCCUUCUUCGGUCCUGCCGAAAAGUCGCCCGGAACAGGUUUGACUCCCGGGUUAACGGGACCCGCGGCUGACCCCAAUCGGCCUUUUGGGAGCCGCGCCGGCGGCCAUCUCCGCGGACAAUUAUCCGUAUUCCAAUUGUCUCUACCCGCCUCCAACGCGGGGUGUAUUACUUCACCAAGCUUACAU